AUGGCUUUCGUUAACAGGUCAUUCUAUCAUUCAGGAAGCACGCAGCAGCAAGACAAGUCUACCAACUACCACGUCACAGCUGAUGGCAUCCAAUCGGACCUUACGAUAGGGAAAGACCGGCCAGCCUGGAUUUUCUCUGCAUAUGGCCCUGGCAAAAAUGCACCCAGGCAGCUCUUCGGCGGUCCGUCUCGAGAGCAGAGUUUUGAGGAGAUGCGGUUGCGUCACUACGAAGCCACGGCUGCCGGUAACAUGAAUCAGGCUAUUCAGGAAGCUCAGAGACUACACGAAGAGACAACAAACCAAAUCCAGGUGAUUCUGAAUGACCUUAAUGGCGCUGUCAAGUAUGUCCUUGAUGGACAAAAUGAACACCCGAAUCGCAUCGAUAUCGUUGAGGGAAGGUCCUCUGUGCAGCCAGCAUUUGGUCAACAGGCUGCUGCGCCUUCAUCUGCUCCAGCUUUCGGGAAACCAAGUAGCUUCGGUGCUGCAAGCCAGGGAACUUCCACUCCUGCUUUCGGACAGCCAUCUCUUCCUGGGCAGAAUCAACCUGCGUUCGGGAAACCCUCAGGAUUGGGUUCAGCAAUGGCUGGUCCAGCUUUUGGCAAGCCCGCCAUGCUCGGAUCGACGCAGCCUGCUUUCGGCAGACCUGCCUUUGGUCAGCCUUCCUUCGGUCAACCUAGUUUUGGGCAGCCUACAGCCAUCACAGGCUCUGGGUUUGCCGGUGCAGCUGCUGGUCCCUCUCCGUUCUCACAAGCUACGCAGCCGAAUCCCCUUGCACAAGGCAACACAUCAGCCUUUGGUCAGCCCUCGGCGUUUGGGCAAGCACCCAGUCAAACGACUGCUUCUCCUUUUUCUCAAAUUAGAAAUCAAUCUGCACCAUCUGCGUUCGGACAACCGUCGUCAGUCGGUAGCGCAUUCGGCCAACCAUCACAGACGACUUCAACAUUUGGCCAGCCUCAGCAGCAACAACCAUCGUCAGCCAAUCCGUUUUCCCAGGCACAAACUGUCUCGGCUACUCCAAGUGCUUUCGGUCAACCUACUACAACCACAGCGACCACGACAUUUUCAACCACUGCUCAGCAACCCAAAGUGACGAACGUUGCCAGGGCGUCGCUUGGACCCAAGCCAAUCAUCAAGGCCGACCCGGGCGAACUAAACCCCAUUCCCGAUCUUACAGGCAGCACAAUUCGAGAUCCAGCGACGCGGAAACUGACCAGUUGGAAAGGUCGACCAGUGCAGUACAAGGAUGGAAAUCCGCGAUAUCUUCAUCCUAGUGACAACAAAACCUGGGUCCGCAUCUUCUUUCCCGACGGGCCGCCGGAGGUCGCUACACUUAGGGACUGCAGCGACAAGGAUGAGAAUUAUACAACGGAGGUUACAGAGCAGUACCAAGACUUUGUGCGCAAUGGAUUCUUCAAGGACAACAUUAUUCCCAGUGUGCCACCCAAAACUGAAUGGGUUUCGUUUGAUUUUUGA